CUCAUGCCAUGGUAAUUUUUUUUUUUUCCUUGCGUUUUCCUUUUUUUCUUACCUUAUUUUUUCCAUCCGUCCAAACACAGCAGUGUUAGAAAGGUAGAUCCCCGGCAUUCUCCUGGAAUGUCCAGUCAAUAAUUGUAAAAUCCCAAAAUUGAUUAAGGUAGAAAAUCACAUUUAAACAACUACCCAUUACACGAACAGGCGAUCUACACCCGGAAAGCUUCAAGGCGAAUCAACCCAAAUUCCAUUUCUCUGGUGAAACAUCUCCACAGACGGAGGUGAUCUUCCGUGGCAAAAGUGGGAAUUUGGAGAGAAUCCCAUGUCGUUCUCCUUCUUCAAGGCCUCCAGGCCUAAAACCCCUCAGGAACUCGUGAAGGCGAUCAAGGACAGCCUGAUGGCUCUCGACUCCAAAACCGUUGCUGAAGUUAAAGCCCUUGAAAAGGCUCUGGAAGAAGUUGAAAAAAAUUUUGUAACAAUGAAAUUUAUGCUUUCUGGAGAUGGGGAGACUGAACCAAACAUGGAACAGGUUUCCCAGCUGACACUAGAGAUCUGUAAAGAGGAUGUUCUUGCUCUUCUAAUUCACAAGUUAUCUAUAUUGGGAUGGGAAGCAAGAAAGGAUUUAGUCCACUGUUGGUCCAUAUUGUUGAGGCAGAUGGUUGACUCCAGAUAUUGUUGUGUUGAAUACAUUGAGAACCAUUUUGAAUUGUUAGACUUCCUUGUUGUGUGUUAUGACAACAAGGAAAUUGCUGUGAAUUGUGGAAAUAUGUUGAGGGAAUGUAUCAGAUUCCAAACUCUAGCAAAAUAUAUAUUGGAGUCUACAAGCUUUGAGUUGUUCUUCAAAUUUGUGGAGCUGCCUAAUUUUGAUGUUGCUUCUGAUGCCUUUUUGACCUUUAAGGAUCUCCUUACGAAACAUGGAAAUGCAGUUGCUGUAUUCCUAACUGCUCAUUAUGAUGAGUUCUUUGAUCAAUAUGAAAAGCUUUUGACCUCUCCCAACUAUGUGACAAGAAGACAAUCUUUAAAGCUUCUCUCGGAAUUUCUUUUGGAGCCUCCAAAUUCCCAUAUAAUGAAGCGCUACAUCUUAGAAGUUCGGUAUUUGAAAGUUAUGAUGACAUUGUUGAAGGAUUCAAGUAAAAAUAUCCAGAUCUCUGCUUUCCACAUUUUCAAGAUAUUUGUCGCUAAUCCAAACAAACCCCGAGAAAUAAAGGUUAUCCUGGCUAAAAACCAUGAGAGAUUGCUGGCAUUGCUUCAGAGUCUGUCUGGUGGCAAAGGAGCUGACGAUGAUCAAUUCGAAGAGGAAAAGGAACUGAUCAUCAAGGAAAUUCAAAGAGUGUCUCGUCUACCCAAUCUUGUACACUAGACGCCCCUUCUCUUAGACUCUUGUCUUUCCUUUUGUACUAGAUCUCUAGUCCUUCAGGCUUUGCUUCCUUGCUCAAUAUUUUCAGGGGAAAGAAAAAAAUAGAGAGAGCAUGUAUUGAAGAUGCAGAAUACUAGUAAGUGGGCACUGUUGGAGCACUAAGGGGGCACCCCUUAGUGCAAGCCUGCUCUUCAUCAGUGAAGGGACUGUGUGAGAUGGGAUUUGGCUACCAUCCAUGGUGGGUGAUGUGGAUUUGCAGUCAUCUUAUGUGUGUGUCUUAAUAACAAGAAUCACCCAUGUGGAUUUCUUUAAGAUUGCCUUGUUGGCAUUGUCACAUACAUGGCCAUGAGAAAUUAAGAAAGGUGCCCACGUGGCAUAUUCUAGUCUAUAAAUUUUUGGUUUGCCACUGAUAAGCUCUUCUUAAUGACAUCAUUUUUACAAAGAAAUCUUACAAUCCAAAGAUGAUUGUAUGAAUCCAUAAAAGAUGAAUGGAUGAUUAUUUAUUUAGGCUUGUCAUAAGGUAAAGAAUGAAUAUAAGCAAAAAAUUUGAAUGCAGUUGCAGGCUGCGGGAGAAGACCAUGUGUCCCACUCAUUUUUCUGAUGGUAAAAUUGGGUUUCCAUACACGUGAUGGGUACCAGCUCAUCUCUUUCUAUAUAGUGGAUCCUCCCAAACCCUGACCCCAUUAUCCCUCAAUUCUUCCGGCCAUGAACUUCUUCAAAUCCGUCUUUGCCGACGACCCUGAGCCUGCUUCCGACCCACCCCACAGCGCCGCCCACCCCGAUCCGGGCGAUGAUGAACCCAAUCACCGAAACCCUAAUCCCAAUGCAGCCUGGAGUUUUGGGGGUCUGAUCAAAACCCUGGCCUCCAAAUCCGAGUCGGUGAUCGAGAGCUACCGCCGCGAUAUCGAGGAAUUCGGCACGGGUCUUAAGAAGGAGACGGCGGUGAUCCGCGACGUGGCGAGUCGCGCCGUCAAGGACCUCCCGGCGUCGCUUGAGGUUGGGGCGUCGGUGGCUCAGGAUUCUCUCGAGUCGGUGGGGCAGGCGAUUGAUGAUAUCGGGAGCUCGGUGUGGCGAGGGACGGCUGAGAUCAUCACUCACGGUAGGGAUGCACUUCUCGCGGCUGAAGAACACGAUAUUGAUUCUCCUUCGGAUAGUAGUAGUCAGCAAUUGAGUAGUCAAAGUUUGAGUUCGCAGCGGUACAGUAGGUUUGAUGUGCAGUUGCGUGCAAUUCAAUGUGAUGAAAAUACCUACCGUGAAGAACCUGAGGACUUGGAUGGUUUCAGUAAGUGGAAAUUAGGGUUCGUGUUGGAGGAUAAGAGCGCGGAGAUUGAAAAUCUGUCGGAAGCGAAUGGGGUAAUGGGAGAGAUUUACAGUAAGGUAGUUCCCAAUGUGGUUGAUCACGAUACUUUUUGGAGUAGGUAUUUUUACAGGAUUCAUAAGCUUAAGCUAGUCGAGGACGCGAGAGUGAAUCUUGUGAAUAGAGCGAUUGCCGGGGACGAGGAGGAGGAUUUGAGCUGGGACAUUGACGAUGAUGAAGAUGACGAGGAAAAGAGUAAUGGGUCUGAGUUGAAGAGAGAAUUGAACAAGGAAAAUUCUUCUGAAUCUGUGAUGGAGCAGAAAUUUGUUGAGAAUUCACAGUUGGAGGAGAGUUUGAAGAAGGGUGUCGUUCAUGAACAGGCCCCUGACGAGAGGGUGAAUUCAGAUGGGAGAUCUGAUAGUGACAAGUCAGAAACAAAAUCUGAGAAAAUGAUCUCAGAGGGGAGGACUGAUAGUGUCUCGAUCGUUUCAAGCCCACCUUCAUUGCCGGAGGAAGAAGACCUUGGAUGGGAUGAGAUUGAAGACAUUGGAAGCAUUGAUGAGAAUAAGGUGGGUGUGAGUGGGAGCCCUGCUAAUAAAGCUGAUCUGCGAAAGCGACUAAGUGCUGCAGAGGAAGACGAAGAUCUCACUUGGGAUAUUGAAGAUGAUGAUGAGCCUGCUAAGUCUUGAUCAAACCUCAAUACCAGGGCAAGACAAUAUAUCUACAUCUACAUAUAUAAAUAUAUAUUAUGAUUUCAUUGCAUUGGAUAAACUACACUCCUUGAUGGGUUUCUCUAGGAAAGCGUUUAUUUACAUUUCAUGUCAUUGUUCAUCUGCAGCUUUUAGUUUAUUAUAAUGUAAAUCUCUUACAAGCUAAAAAUUGUUUAUAUUCAUGUCA